AUGUCGCUAUUGCGUCGUGCAAAGCUGGCACUGUCCGGAAAGCAGGCCCAUGUCGACCCGCACUGCUGGCGGCUGCCGUCUUCAUACUCAACCACCACCAAAGGGCGCAAUCCAACCGUGAUUCCUGACCCCAGCAUCUUCGCCAACGCCCAUGUUCCCAACCACACAGUCACUGGGGACGAAGAAGCGCUCCAUCUGUACCCCGACACUGGUCACGCAGCGCUUCACCUGGCGCUGCUUGAAUGUUUUCACAAGCUGAGACUGAGCGCCCGCGAGCUGGCUUGGACCCUCUUGCUUAGAGUCGCCGUAGAUCGCUUCAUGGCCUGGUGGUCCAGCGUCGACCUCGUGCUUCAGCAUGCAUCGGCCUAUUCACAUCGCGCCGGGCCCGAGGCCGCCGUGCAGCUGACCAAGGAAUACCUUCCGCCGCUCGACGUGCUGCUGGUCUGGUACGCAUUCAUGCUCAACGUGGAUGCAUAUCUUGCGGCAUGUCGUGCCCGUGAGCGACAGGUACCGGGACUUCAGUCGCUCAGCUUCCCUUGGCUGGCUAUUCGAGACGCCAUCGACUUUGACACAAUGAGUUUCCAUUUGCCACGCGGCGCCCAGACGCUCUUCUCGACCCUCUCGGGGCAACGGGCCGAUAUCCUCACCUAUCUUGAGUCCCCCCCGGCGUAUAGCGACAAGAGGCCCAUGCCUUACUCUGGAUACGGUCGCCUGCCCUACAAGGCUCACUGA